AUGACUAAAAGAGGUGGAAAAUCUAAGGUAUUGGCACCAGGAAAGCUUCAAGAACAACGGAAUCGCAUAAUAAACAAGAAGCCUAUCGUUAGGAAACCUGUUCAUACAGCAGUACCGGCUAAGACAGCAUCGGCAGCGCCAACUCAGACAACAUCGCCGACACCAACUCAAAUAGCAUCGUCGGCGCCAAAACCAGCUCUGCCAACAUCGUCCUUGCAGGCUGCAUCAGUGGCACAUACUGCAUCGGUGCAAAAUGUAGUACCAACACCUGCAUCUGUUCAUGCCGUGACCUCUGAGUUCAGGUUUAUGCCUACUCCAAGUUUAAUCCAUCAAACAAUGGCUGGCCCUCAAAGUUUUAACCCUCAAACAACGACUGGCGUUUCAAAUUCGGUCGAGGAGGAUGAUGAGGAGGAAGAUGUGGAUGAUUAUGAGGAUGAGGAUGAUGAAGUGGGUCAAGAAAAUGUUUCCCCUCUUGUGCCAACACUUGAUGAGAAUGGGAAGGUUAUUAUAAAACCUAGUGGUACUGGGUUGGCUCCUGCCAAAGAAGUUGCUGGUGCAAUUAAUUAUGCUAUACGCAAACAAUUUUUUAAGCCUAUACAUCAUUGGUCUGAACUCGACCCUCUAACGAAAGCUAAAUGGUUUAAGUUGUUUGCAGAGAAGGUUUCAUGGGAUCCUUGCGAUCAUGCAUUUGUCUACAACGCUUUUGAAAGAAAAGGAAGAAAACGAUUAAACGAUAUGAUGGGAAAGGCGAGGAAAAAAAAGACUCGACCUCCAUGGAUUGGUGAAGAAGCUUGGCUUGGUCUUCAAGAUCAUUGGAACACCCCUGAGUUCUUGGCUGUGUCUUCUCAAAACAAGACCAAUCGAGCUUCUGAAAGAGGUGGAGCAGUCCACACAUCGGGUCGUAAGGCUCAUAUUGAUAUUGCACUUGAGCUUUCACAUGAACUUCAAAGGGAUUUGCGCCCCGAUGAGUUAUUUCUAAAAACGCACAAGAGGAAAAAUGGUGAAUGGGUUGACAAGCGUGCUGCAUCUACUUACGUAAGUUCUCGUUAA